AUGGUGAACUGGGAUGAUUAUGAUGAAAUAGAAACAGAGGAACCUGAAGAAGCUAGCUUAUGUUUAAUGGCAGAUACUAAAGACAAGGAGAAUUCAAGGAGGCUUGGGUUGAGAAGGGUUGUUAUGUCUGUAUUGUUACUGGACACUGUGAAGGUGGAGACGUGGCUGCAUUUUGAUGAAAAUAAAUCAAAUGGGGUUUAUUUUCCUGAGGAGAAACUUUGCAAAUGGGUUACUCAAUUACUUUUGGCAGUAGAAUACUUGCAUUCAAAUUUUGUUUUACACCGUGACCUAAAGUGUUCUAACAUCUUUCUUACAAAGGAUCAAGAUGUUCGACUGGGGGAUUUUGGGCUUGCUAAGACACUAAAAACCGAUGAUUUGACUUCUUCGAGUUCGUUAUUUUGCAUAAUAUUUGAUUCAAGGGAUACUGUUGUGAAAUGGGCAAAAGAAAUUGGUAUAAAAAAUAAAGUUACCGUUAUUAUCAGAAGAUCAGAUAUAGAGACGGGGUUGAGUCAGCUCACUGGAAACUGA